GUGAGAGCUGCAUCAGUUACUUGUUUUGCUGGAAUAACUUCCAGUGUUUUCUUUUCUCUACCAAAGGAUAAACAAGACUUUAUCUUGAACUCAUGUGUUAAAACUGCAAAAGGUGAUGAGGUUCCGAAUGUUAGAUCAGCUGCUUGUCGUGCUAUUGGUGUAAUUGCUUGUUUUCCACACAUUUUCCAUAGUGCAGAGAUUUUUGACAAGUUCAUUUCUCCUGCUGUGGACAACAGUCAUGAUUCCUCGGUGUCGGUUCGCAUAACAGCCUCAUGGGCUUUAGCUAAUAUAUGUGAUGCACUUCGCCACCAUGUUGAUGUACAUGGAUUUGAGAAAUUCUCUUCAGUGAGCUCACAGUCCAUCUCCUUGCUUAUUGACUGUGCUCUACAACUUACGAACGAUAAUGACAAGGUUAAAGCAAAUGCUGUGAGAGCAUUGGGUAAUCUUUCAAGAGUUGUUAGGUUUUCAAGUCAAUCAUUUGCUUAUAAUAGACAAGCAGAUUCAAUGGUCGUAUCUUCUGGGAGAAAGCCCACAAAAGGUUUGUCCAUUUGUGAGGAUCUGGAAGAAAGUCGAAGUCCAUGUAAUGCUCCCUUGGAAAAUUCUAAAUGGCUUGAGAAGAUGGUGCAGGCAUUUAUUUCCUGUGUUACAACUGGAAAUGUUAAGGUACAAUGGAAUGUUUGCUAUUCACUAAGCAACUUGUUUUCCAAUCCAUCGUUGAAGCUGGAAAACAUGGUUUGGGCGUCAUCAGUUUUUAGCAUUCUUUUGCUGCUCCUUCGUGAUUCCUCCAAUUUUAAGAUUAGGAUACAAGCAGCUGCAGCUUUGGCUGUUCCAGCAACCUUAAAUGAUUAUGGCAGAUCAUUCCUUAGUGUCCUUCAAGGCGUGCAGCAUGUUGUCGAGAGUCUCAAUUCUGAUGAGAUUUCGUCACCAUCAAAUUUGAAAUAUAGGUUGGCACUUGAAAAGCAGCUGACCUCGACUAUGUUGCAUUUGCUUGGCCUCACUUCCAAAACAGUUGAUCGCCAUGUCCAUGAGUUCCUAAUGAAG